UGGGUCAACAUAAAUCACUAACACUAACUAAGUGACUAACAACUAACACUAAUUACUAUCCAAAUCCAAAUGUUAAGUGUCCUACCCCAAGUAUUGAGUAAGAUUGUAUUUGUGUCGUAUCGAAUAGUUGUUUAAAUUGUUAUACUCGUGGUUUAUAACUAUUGUUAUGCUUGCUGUUUAAGGUUCCAGUUCACAGAAAGUAUUAUACUAAAACUCAGUCAAAAAAUCAUAAUCUUAUGUAAUUACUAAGGUUUGAUAUUUUUUAUGAUCGAUAAGACAGGACAAGACUAUUCGUACCCAGGCGUGUACGCACCGUGUAAAUAAAAUUUAGAUAAUAUAUCAUAAAUGCAGGAUAUUUCAACAGCACUUCAUGUUUUGAGGCAUAUCAGUGAUCAAGUUAAAAAUUUAAACAGUGUUCUAUUGCAUAAAAAUAUUAUCAGUGACAUUGAAUUACUGAUUUCACUGAUUGAAGAUCCAGUAUUCCAUGAUAUUGUUGUGAUUUUUGAUUCGUUAAACGAUUUGAACAGUCAAUUCCAACAGCAUCCAUCAAUCUUACCUGCUGACUUUAUCAUCAAUUCAAAUGGUCAGUUAGAAGUAUCGAUUUCUAAUUUAACAAAAACACCUGUCAAUGACAUUAGAUGUCAAGAAAUCUACCAAGAAAACAGUGAAGUAGAUGAUCAACGGGUUCCAGUAGUUCCUCCAGGCGAUAUUGAUGGAGUGAUUACUAUUGAGUUUCAUCAACCUGAAGAAAGUAGCCUUGAUACUAAAGUCGUUGGACCGGCUUACAAUGGAAAUAAAGAUUUUCUCGUUUUUCUUCAAGAAACUCAACCUAGUGAAAUAUCAGCAUGUAAGGAGCAGAUGAGAGAAGCUGAUCGGAUUUUACCAGAUGAUGUUCAACUAUUGGAUUCAAAUAUUUUUCAUAAUCAAGCAAUAUCAGCUCAACCGAAAGUAAGAGGCAAUACAGAAUCGAAUAUCGAUUGUUAUACUCCAGAUGUUGAAUGUUCUAUCCGUGUGGAUGAAAUAUCUGAAGCUUCUACUGCUGUAAUUGGCGAUAAUGAAUUAUUAUUAUGCCGUGAACAUCUUGAAAGCAGUGGAAUAUCUGAAAAUGACUGGUCGUAUUCAUCUUCAGUGAAUUUAAAUGCGAGCAAAAAAACUGCACCACCAUUAGAUGUAAUCGACAAGAGUCCAUCAGUUUUUGUUGAACCUUCAAAAGCCGUCUCGGAUAUGGUAUUAAAUACCGAGUGGGCACAGGUUGAAGUUGUGAAUCUGGUGAACGAUGGCACUGGUCUUGGGUUCGGUAUCAUUGGAGGAAAAAGUACCGGAGUUGUUGUCAAAACAAUUCUUCCAGGAGGUGUGGCUGAUCGCGACAAUCGACUACAAAGUGGCGAUCACAUUCUGCAGAUAGGAGAUGUCAACUUACGGGGAAUGGGAAGUGAGCAGGUGGCUGCAGUAUUACGGCAAUCAGGGACACACGUGAGGCUUGUCGUUGCCCGGCCAAUUGAACCUACAUCUCCAGAUUAUCAGGCAUUGGAAAGUCAUGCUCCAAUCGUCCCAACGAAAGUACUUGGAGAUCCUGAAGAGUUGAAUCGCCAUUUACUCCGUAACGUCCCAGAAACGUAUAAUAUUCACUGCAUUCAAAAACAAUUAGGAAGUGGCAACAAGCAUAUCAUCGAGCAAGAAUCAGAUUUUGAAUCUCAUGCCAGACCAGGACUUAUUAUGGAAGUUGUUCGGAAUCCGUUGCCUAUCGAAGCUAUUCCUUUUAUUUCAUCAGCAACAUUAGAGGAACCUACAGGCCACCUACAAGCUUGUGAAAGUAUAAUUGAAAAAAAUUCACUUCCCGAAACGGAGCGCUUCAACGUCGAGUUAAAAAAAGACAUCUGUGGACUCGGAAUAACGAUUGCUGGUUAUGUGUGUGAAAAAGAGGAAUUAUCAGGUAUAUUUGUCAAGAGCAUAAGCAAAGGAAGUGCCGCGGAAUUAAGCAAUAAAAUUCAAAUCAACGACCGCAUAGUAAAAGUUAAUAACUAUUCGCUACAAGGAUACUCUAAUCAUGAGGCUGUCGAAGUUUUGAGAAAUACAGGGAACACAGUUCAUUUGUGCAUCGAAAGAUAUCUCAGAGGGCCUAAAUAUGAACAGCUGCAACAAGCCAUAGCUGCUAGUGAAAUCAAACUACCUCAAAUUUAUUCUCCAUCUAUAACAAGUUUACCGAGUUUCUCUUUUAGCACGGAUGGUGAUACUCUAACUGAAGUCGAAACGGAAGUCAAUUUAUUAAAUAAGAUCAAUAAUUCGAGGCAUCAUAGUAUUAAAGAUCAAUUAUUAACUCUUGACGACAAGGAAUUAUUUGCAGAGCCUUUGUCAAGUGAUCAAUCUAGUGAUCUAACAUCACAAAAAGAAGAUGCCAUAAAAACUAAAUGGAAUAGAAUCGUUGGAUCAGAUGUGGAAAUUAUCGUAGCACAAAUAACAAAGUUUGCAGAAGGUAGUGGUCUUGGAAUAAGUUUAGAAGGUACAGUUGACGUCGAGAAUGGGGAAGAAGUACGGCCACACCAUUACAUUAGGUCAAUACUUCCAGAAGGUCCUGUAGGUGACAGUGGAAUCCUUCGACCUGGAGAUGAACUUUUAGAGGUUAAUGGACACCAUUUAUUCGGAACCAAUCAUACAGAAGUUGUAUCAAUUUUGAAAGAAUUGCCUUUACAUGUAAAGAUGGUUUGUGGGCGAAAAGGAUCAGCGCAAACACCGUUAUGUCCCAUUAACGUAGCUCAAGAUCAAGUAGCUUUUCAAACAAGGAGUAUUCUUGCUAGUUCACGACAGCGACUUGUACCAUUGUCUGAUCGUCUUAUCAAAGCUAAAUCAGAAGGGUCAUUGACAAGUAUUACUUCUAUAGUUGACUACAGUGUAACUAAAAUAAAAUCCCGUUCAUUGGAAUUUUUAACCGGAUUGGCAACGUGGAAUACGCAACCUCAAAUUGUUGAACUCAUCAAAGGAGAAAAAGGCUUAGGGUUUUCAGUUUUAGACUAUCAGGAUCCAAGGAAUCAAGAUGAAACUGUUAUUAUAGUACGCUCAUUAGUACCUGGAGGUGUAGCGCAAACAAAUGGACAACUGAUACCUGGGGAUCGUAUAUUAUUUGUAAAUAACGUACUUUUAAUGAAUGCAACAUUAGACAAAGCAGUGAAAGUGUUAAAAGAAGCACCGAAAGGAAAAGUUCAGCUAGGCAUCGCAAAACCAUCACGCAUACCAGAUUGUUACUUUUAUAUCAGCAGUUCGGGAACUUACACGACUGAUAUCGAACACAAAAAAUUUUGUAGUGUCCUUAACAAAAAACUGAAAAAAUACUAUUACAUAAAUAAUAAUCAAACAAAUCCUUCUCAAUCAUUAAUCCAUGUCACAGUAUUCGAUAAUGUAAAUGAUUUUCAAAACCUUGUUGAUUCAAAUACAAUAUAAGAUUACUAUAAACAGAAUAAAACAUA